CAUCGUAGAUCGUGGGGUCAGAUCGCAACGCAUAAGAUCGGACGCUAACUUCGAUUUACCGUGAUUAUCUGCGAUUCGCCUUACUUCAGACACCUUUGGGCUUUACCUGGACCGUCUCGCCGACUUUGAAGAUGCCGGAUACAAGCCCUUCUCAUUCGGACAGGGGCCUAUGCACGUCCCCUCCGGCCCAUCGCCGAUAGUCUGGGAGGCAAGCCCGCAGUGGCACGAUUUCGAACUUCCCGACAAUCCCAUCCAUUUCCCAUCGUCCGUCUUCUUUUAUGCUUUGCAAGUCCUGCAGAAUCGCUCAGGCAUUCGAGAUAUAGGGCUUCCGGACUUGAAGAGCAAGCUCGCCCGAACCGUCGGAGAUGUCUAUGAAAGAAGCGACGAUGGCAGCGUCGCCCUGGGCAUCAAGUUGGACGAGACCGCCAACGACGACGAGUGCGUCGAUGACCCAGAGCUCGUGCCUUUGAUACGAUCGAGCGUCAUCUCGCACGAGAUGUAUCACCAAGAGCCUCUAGAACCAGGUCGUCUCGCAAAACUCUUCGCUCUCAUGAGGAAUACGCAACGGAAACAGUAUUUCCAAAAGGGUUACCUGAUCCGGACGAACUAUUCGAUCCGAUCCCCUUUGUGCGGGGUGUGUUCUCUAUCGCUUUGGCCAAAGCGGGAUGGUGGGACCUUCCGCCACUGCCCACUGAAAAGGGAGGCACAACUGCCCCUAAGUAUGACAACGCUUCACCUUGCAAGAGACACACACGUCUCGACCUGAACUACCGAACACGCUUGGUCGCACUGCUGCGACAUUGA